AUGCCCUCACACUCCACACAAGGUUCGUCAACGCAGACACAGACACAACAGGACGAUGAAGUGCCUACCCUGCAUCUGAAGGUAGUGCAUGAUAAGAACAAGAAGAAGAACAAAAAGAAGGUUGAAUGGAGUGAUGAUGUAAUCGAUAAUGAGUUUUUGAACAAGAAGAAGUCGAAAAUAUGUUGCAUAUUCCAUCCUCAAAACCCGGAAGAGUAUGAACUGCAACCGUCAAGUGAUUCGGACUCAAGCAGCGAGUCAGAUAGUGAAAGUGAUGAAGAUCUAGGCGAAGGUAAUGCCUACGAACGACAACCAAAGUACUCAAAGAAACACACUCACAAUCAUGAUUGUCAUGAACAUACCCACUAA